AUGAAGUUCACCACUGCCGCCUCCGUCCUCGCCAUGGCUGCUACUGCCAUUGCCGCUCCCACCGAGGUUGAGGCUCGCGGUGGCGGCUCUGCUGGCUCCUGCAACGCCAACGCCCAGCAGGUCUGCUGUAGCGGUCUCCUCAACUGCGUUGUCCAGGUUCUUGGCAAGAACUGCGAUGGCAGCGCCUACUGCUGUCAAACCUCCGCCCCUGCUGGUACUCUCAUCAACGUCGCCCUCCUCAACUGUGUCGACAUUCUGUGA